UAAAUUCAUUCAUAAUAAUAUAUUUUCAUGUCUGUUUCUUCUUCUUCAUCUUCUCAAAAUCAUCAUUUCCUUCUCAUUCUCUCUUUCAUUUUUCACAUCAACAAAACAAACAACAACAAAAACAAUUCCGUUGUAAUGGGUCUUUUGCUUUCAAGGACUUUGGCUUCCAAAUGCUUUUACCCUUUGCUUUUAUCUAAGAAUGUUCAUAAUGAUUUCUUUCCUCAACAAUUGGAGAACAUGAUUAGUUUGGUGUCUCCUAGGACGGGAAGACAUUUGCAGAGAUAUGAGAAAGGGUGUCGCCAAGUUGUGGGAUGCAUACCUUAUAGAUACAAAAGCAAUGGAACCCAAGAAAAUGAAAUAGAAGUUCUUUUGAUUAGUGCUCAAAAGGGUAGUGGAAUGCAAUUCCCAAAGGGAGGUUGGGAAAGUGAUGAAUCCAUGGAACAAGCUGCUUUGAGAGAAACCAUAGAAGAAGCUGGUGUUAUUGGAUGUGUUGAAAGUAACUUGGGUAAAUGGUGUUAUAAGAGCAAACGCCAACCCAUUAUGCAUGAAGGAUACAUGUUUCCUAUGCUUGUUAGCAAGGAGUUGGAUAAUUGGCCAGAAAUGAACUUAAGAAAAAGAAAAUGGUUGACUGUGGAUGAAGCAAAAGAAAUAUGCCCAUAUGCAUGGAUGAAGGAAGCUUUAGAUGAAUUGGUUAGUAGACAAACAACAAUCAAUUCAAUCUAAGUUUUUAGGUUAUAAAAUUAUAGGCAUUCUCUUCCCUCUUGCUUUUGGAAUCUACAAAGUGGUAGAACGGAAGCACUCAAAAGACAUUAGAACAUAGAAAAUGAAACCAAAAAUCAAGGAUUGGGAAAUUGUGCAACAAGAAUUUGUCAAUUUGUUGUUCCUUUGGAUUUGUUCAAUGUCUUCAAAUUUGCAUGUGAGUUGGCAAGAUCAGCAGCAAGUUAUGAAUACUUAGAGUGUAGUUGAGUCUAACUAUAGAGAUCUUUGUAGAUGUACAAAAGUCAAUUCAUUCAUUAUUUCAUUCAAUUCAUUCUUUGGCAAUGUAUCUAAUAAGCUAUAUAAGCUAUGUGUAAUAUUACACUCUUCUUCUAA